AUGGAUGCUUACAUCAAGAAGAAUACAAGGUCUGCAGUUGUGGUAGUUCCUGAAGUUCAACAAGAUUCUGAAGAGGGUGAAGGUGAUGAAGUUGAACCAGAAAAAGUGCCUAGUUCUGGUACAAAGACCAAGCAAAAGCAAGCACAAGCAAAGAAGAAAGUAGCUCAAUCUUCCAUCGCUGCCUAUAUGGCUGCUGCUGGUUCAUCAAAACCAGUAAAUCAAAAGAACACCAAGUCAGUUGUUUCCAUGCUUCGGACGACACCAGAAGAGGUAGUUUCAGAAAGGCACAAAUUCAAGACUUCUCAGCCUACUAUAGAGCAUUGCACAAAGAAGGAGAACAAACAAGUUGUUGAUGGCCAUGUAGCUGAUUUCUUUUAUGAAAAUCAUAUACCAUUCAAUGUCAUUAACUCUAGAAGCUGGGAGAUUAUGCUUGAGUUAAUUGGACAGUAUGGACCUGGGUACCGCUCACCAUCCUACCAUGAAAUUAGGGAGCCAUUGUUAGAAAGGGCUGUCAAUAGGACAACAGAACUGAGGAAGAAGCAUGAGGAAGCUUGGAAAGAGUAUGGUUGCACUCUGAUGUCUGAUGGUUGGACAGAUACUAGCCAUCGUCAUCUAAUCAAUUUUCUUGCAAACAGUCCAGCAGUGACCUUCUUCCUAGGUUCAGUUGAUGCAUCAAGUGAGGUAGCUGAUAUGAAUUUGCUAGCAGAUUUGUUAGAGAAGCAAAUUGACAAGAUUGGGAGGGAAUACGUGGUGCAGAUUAUCACAGACAAUGGGUCCAACUUCAAGGCAGCAGGAAGGAUUCUAAUGGAGAGGAUCCCACACUUGUUUUGGACACCUUGUGCUGCCCAUUGCCUGAAUUUGUUGCUGCAAGACAUUGGAGAGAUAAAGGAGUUCAACACUGUCAUAAAUUCAGCAAAGAAGACUAAAUUGGAAUAUUGCUUGAAAGCUUCACAACCACUUCUCGUUGCUCUAAGGAUUGCAGAUGGGGAUGAGACACCAGCAACUCCUGAGAUCACUGCAGCCAUGGAUGUUGCAAAAAGCACCAUCAAAGAAUCUCUAAAAGAUAAAACUGAAUUACUUUGCCAGGUGCUGGCGUUAUAUGAUAAGAGGUGGGAUACCCAAAUGGAACAAAAGCUAUAUGGGGUAGCCCUAUUCUUGAAUCCAAACAAGUUCUUUGCCAUAAGGGAGAAAGACAAGAGACAAGCUGCAAGAUUAAGAGGCAUGUUCAAUCAAGUUCUAUGGAAAAUGGUGACUGAUGACAAUGUGUCAACCAAGAUUUCGCAGCAAGCUGAUGACUAUGAACAAUCUGAAGGUGAAGGCUUCUCAAUGCCUUUAGCUAUAAGGGACAGAGACAAAAAGAACCCUACUAUUGGUGCAUCUGAGAAUCUAAGGGCUCAUAACUUGCCUAGGGUUGUUGCUAGCCGUGUUGUAGCCAUUGUCCGUAAGACCUAUACUAGGAACAGGAAGCAUCGUGGGGGGACUUCAAAAGACAAGAUAUAUCCGGAGGUGAAGAAGAUGAUAGUGACCAUGAUGUUGAUGCAAGAAAUGAAGACCAAGAAGAUCAAGAUGCAUCUGAUCCUGUGGCACCAAUGGAGGAGGAUGAAGACCCCAUGGAUGUGCAAUGAUGGAGAUGGAGGAGGCUUUUGUAGAUGGCACUCUACUUGA